CUGGGAACGGACGCUCCGCGGGCUUCCCGAGCUGAGAUGCUCCGGUGCUAAGGUCACAAAAUAGUUGACGGGCUUAUUAAUCUGCCCCGCCUUUUUAUGGCUGUGACAGAGAGCCCGCGGUCGGCGAAACCGGGCGUCGGGAGGCGGCGGCGGCGGCGGCCCGGGCUGGGCGGGCGUCCGCGGCGGGGGAAGCAGAGAGAAGACCCCGAGGCGCGUGGAGGCCAGCGCAGGGCACCGCGCCGAGGCUCGGGCGACGUGUACUUCCAUCCCUGUGGAUUUUCAUCUCUGCCUCUCGAUCCGGUAUUGGAGCCUGUCAGGCAGAGCCAUGGCCUCCCCCAUAGUCACCAAGAAGAUGAAGGAGGAAGUCACCUGCGCCAUCUGCCUGCUCCUGAUGGCGGAGCCCGUGAGCAUCAGCUGUGGGCACAGCUACUGCAGACAGUGCAUCAGCGACUUCCUGAAGAACCUACACCAGGAGGAGCCGUCGCUCGAUGUGUUUUCCUGUCCCCACUGCCGGGCUCCGUUUCGGAUGGCCAGCGUCCGGCCCAACAAGCACCUGGGAAAUCUCAUCGAAGCCAUCAAGGAGAUGGACCAGGAAAUGUCGUGUGAGGAACACGGAGAGUUCCUCCACCUGUUCUGCGAAGACGAAGGCCAGCUCAUCUGCUGGCGCUGUGAGCGGUCACCGCAGCACAAAGGGCACGACACAGCUGUCAUCGAGGACGUGUGCCAAAGCUACAAGGAAAGGCUCCGGAAUGCCCAGACGAACUUGAAGCAGCUGGAAGAGGAGUGUACGAAACAGAAGGUGCUCGCAAGAAAGCAAAUAAGCGAAUGGAAUGAGAAGAUAGAGAGUCAGAAACAAAAAAUCCAGUCUGACUUCAAGAAUCUUCAGAGCUUUUUGCAUGAAGAGGAGAAGUCUUACCUGUGGAGACUGGAGAAAGAGAACCAGCAGACUCUACAGAGACUGAUGGAUAACGAGGCCACUCUGAAACAGAAGAGCCAAGAACUCAAGAGUCACAUCCUGGAGCUAGAGAAGAGAUGUCAAAGCUCAGCCCAGAAGUUGCUGCAGGAUGUGAAAGAGACUUUGCGCAGGAGUUCGGCUGUGAAGCUGGAAACACCAGAGGCCCAUUCUUUGGAAGUUCAUACUGAGUGCAGUGUUUCUGAGCUUUAUUUUGAUAUGAAGAAAAUGUUAAGGAGCUAUCAAGUCAACGUGACUCUGGAUCCAGACACAGCCCAUCAUGAGCUAAUUCUGUCUGAAGAUCGGAGACAAGUGACUCGUGGAUGCUUCCAGGAGAAUCUAGGCAAUUCCUCUAGGAGAUUCACUGUCUUACCCAGUAUCCUGGGCUGUGAAGGCUUCACCUCAGGAAGACAGUACUUUGAAGUAGAUGUAGGAGAAGGAACUGGCUGGGAUUUAGGAGUUUGUUUGGAAAAUGUGCAUAGGGACAUUGGCGUGAUACAGUGCCCUCAGUCUGGAUUCUGGGCCAUCAGACUAUGUGUAAAGAAAGGCUACGUAGCGCUCACCUCUCCCCUAACCUCCCUUUAUCUGAGGGAGCAGCCCCUGGUUGUGGGGGUUUUUCUGGACUGCGAUGUCGGGGUUGUAUCCUUUUACAACAUGACCGCUGGCUCCCACAUCUUUACCUUCCCGAGGGCCUCCUUCUCUGAUACUCUCCGGCCCUAUUUCCGGGUUUAUCAACAUUCUCCUUUGUUCCUGCCUCCCCCAGACAAGUAAGGAAAGUAGCAAAACCGUCUGGUUUAGCUAACGUAGAAAAUAUCAUGGAAAUCCCUUGAGGGCAGAAAUUUGGUCUGUUCUUUUCACUGCUGUUGCACUUAGAACCCUGCUGCACUUGUGGCUACUUAAUAAAC